GGUGACGACAAGGAGAUAGGAAUUUCGCUGGCAGAACAAUUUCAAGGUAUGCUGCUACUUUUUUUUAAUGAUAACUCCGACAUCAUCAAUGUUCUUCAGCUUUUCUUGGUGCAGUAUAGGAUCUCGAUUGAAAUCAUCGUUUACCUCGGACCUGCCUGAUUGGAAUAGGUGCAGGGACAGCGUCCUAUAAGUAAGGUGAGUACUUGAACUACAAUGUGAGUGUGUGUAUACAGAAGCGCUUAUCUUCUCGCUAUGUCGUCCACCAGAUCUGCAGGUUACCGGCGUCGAGCAAGGACUUCUUCCACGACGAGCACAGACUCGGCAGAUGCACCGCGACCACCGUUGGCGCGUCAACCUACUCUGAGUCCAUCGACACUCCGUAACCUGCAGCGCUCGUUCGAAUUUACAGCGCUGGAUUAUCCAUUCAUUGUACUCGACUGCCCGCCCCCUCCCUAUUCUCCCAAGGGCCCCACACCAUUUCCCCCUCUUCAUCCAGUUCUCGCAUCUAGUCCUGGUUCCGACAUAUCUAGCGGACCAAGCUCUCCGAAUACUUCUUCAGAACCAUCUCCGACCCUCUUUACGCCUGCUUUUGCGUACCCCCCUGUCUUGCCACGACCGUCUAACGCGUCGGGGUUCCCUCGAAAGAAGGUCAAAUCGGCACCUUCACUUCCCGCCUCUUCGCGUCAUCCCACUCAGUUCCUGAGACGGAGAAGUUCGUCCCUUCGCAUGGCUGAUAGCGACGACGACGAUAGUCGAGACGAGGAAGACGACAAGAUGAUCUUUAUGUCCCACACCCACUAUCACUCCACCAACAAAUCUACCAGCCAACGUUCUCGCAUCUUCGGCUUCGCAAACGGGUCUCCUAAAGUGCGGGACAGGCUCAUUUGCACAACACCCGGUCAUAUCGGGGCUGGAGAGACAGAAACUGAAGCAGAUGAACCAGUGAGUGUAUCCUUCUCUUCUUCUCACCGACUCAUCGGUUCUUCAUUUUUGCACUCUGUUCAUUGAUUUAUCCUUGUUGGUGGUUGUUAUCAAAACAUGAUAUUAAUUGCAUUGUUUUUUUCUUAGCCUCAUCGCCUUCCCACGUCUCGAAAAAAACCUCUAUCAAGCCCUCUCGUUCCGCCCAAUAUACUUCAACAAUCACUCACUCCACUGCUCUUUGAAUCUUCUCGGUUGCUGUCUAUCGUUCCUGCCAUCGUUGGUGCCAUCUACAACAUAUAUUUAUUCUCCCACCUUCCCACCUCCCGUAUCAGUGGGCGUGCUCCCCCUGAACGUGUAGACUACUUUAUUUCAGUCCUAUGGGUAAGUCAAAUUU